AUUGAGCCAGAGAAUGGCCAAGAAACAGUGCUCUUGCGUUUUUUUGGACGACACAUUGCAUGACUAAGUUGUUUAUCAGUUGAUGUAAAAAAAAAAGUUGUUUAUCAGUUCAACCAAGACUUCCAUUUUUAUGUAAUCUUCUUCUCCUUGGCCAACUAGUAUCGGUUCACGCUACCAAACGGCACAUGACAACAUGGGGCAGAUACGAUAUUAGAACGAUGCUAUAUCAGAAAUCUUAUUUUACAGUUGGUAAUCCACCGAUCUCCUUGUCAGUCUCCGCUCUCCGGUCCAGAUUCCGAUCACCAUCACCAUCGACCGAUCGUCAUGGCCGCUGGCGACGGCGAGCCGGACCCGGCGGUGCAGCAGCGUCCGCAGCUGCAGUCGAAGAAAGUGUGCGUGGUGGGCGGCGGCAUGGCCGGCCUGGCGGCCGCGCGCGAGCUGCGGCGAGAGGGCCACGCGGUCACGGUCAUGGAGCAGAGCGGCGACGUCGGCGGGCAGUGGCUGUACGACCCGACGACCACCCACGGCGUCGUGCCCAGCAGCGCGUACGCGUGCCUCCGCCUCCGCACCCCGCGGGAGGCCAUGGGCUUCUCCGACUUCCAGUUCCUUCCCAGGGACGGCGCCGGCCGCGACCCGCGCCGCUUCCCCGGCCACCGCGAGGUGCACUUCUACCUCCGGGACUUCUGCGCCGCGUUCGGGCUUAUGGACGCCGUCAGGCUCAACACCCGGGUCGUCCGCGUCGCUCCGACGUCGACGACGACGCGUCAGCGUCAGUGGGCGGUGAGGUCCGUGCGGCUCCUCGGCGGCCCGGACGAUGAUGCGCGGGUAGAGGAGGAGGAGGAGGUAGUGUUUGACGCGGUGGUCGUGGCCACCGGUCAGUACUCGCAUCCGAUGCUCCCCAGCGACAUCGAGGGGGUGGGGGAAUGGAGGCGCCGGCAGCUGCACAGCCACUUGUACAGGACGCCGGAGCCGUUCCGCGGCGAGGCGGUGGUGGUGGUCGGGUGCGGGGACAGCGGCACGGACAUCGCGCUGGACCUCCGCCGCGUCGCCAGGGAGGUGCACCUCGCCGCCAGCUCCGAGGGAGCCACGCCGGCCGUGUCGAGGAUGGUGGCCAACCACGGCGACGUGCUGCGCCUCCACCCGCGGGCACGCCGGCUGCACGCCGACGGGCGCGUGUCGUUCGCGGAUGGCUCCUCCGUCGUCGCCGACACGGUGAUCUUCUGCACGGGGUACGGCUACUCGUUCCCGUUCCUGGACACGGGCGGGGCGGUCGCCGUGGGCGACGACGGCUGCGUGGUCGGGCCGCUGUUCGAGCACGUGUUCCCGCCGUCCCUCGCGCCGUCGCUCUCCUUCGUGGGCGUGGCGAGGAAGGUCCUGGUGCCGUGGUUCGUCGAGGCGCAGGCGAGGUGGGUCGCGCAGGCGCUGUCCGGCCGCCGCGCGCUGCCGCCGGAGGCAGAGAUGCUGCGGUCUGUGGACGAGCACUUCCGCGCCAGGGAGGCCGCCGGCGUGCCGAGGAAGCACACCCACCACCACAUCGGCGGCAUUGACAAAAUGAUCGAGUUCAUGGAGGAGUACGGCGGCCUGACGCCGAUGGAGGACUGGAAGGAGGAGCUGCUGCUAUCGAGCAUGGCGAGCAUGUGCGACGACCUCGAGACCUUCCGCGACCGCGCCAACGACGGCGAGAACGUCCGGAAGGGCCUGCAGGGAUGGCGCGGCGGCUUAGAUGCUCAGGCUCAAUACAAAACCAUGGAUGCUGCUGCUGAAGCUGAUGGGUUGGCCAUAGAUGAUUAAGCUCCUGCUCAGCCGAAUUGAACUGUUGCACAAGAGGUUCGGUGGGAGAUUCAGAUUCGUUCCCUUCUUUUUUAAUAUAAAAUUGAAAAAGAAAAUAUGGUGGUAACAAAGUGAGUUUGCUCGAUCAUGUAUAGAACUGAGCUGAAAUUUGAGCCAGAUCGGAGGAGUGAUUAGUGAUUCACGGUGUGGAUGGCAGAGAAAUACCGUACCAUAAAAUGUGUAAGUUAGAGGAUGGAAUAUUUGCACGCCUUGUGACGGUGAAGGGGCAAUUUUU